GGAGCUCGCGGCGGCGGCUGCGCUGAGGGCGGCGGCGCGGUGAGCGCAGCCCGAGCGGGAGGAGGAGGGGGGGGGGGAGCCGCUCAUUCAUUUUUACUCCGCAUUUGCGCCCCUCGCCGGCCUCCCCCGCCACCGCGACUUGGGAGCGAGCUUGGCACCGCGACGCGCCCUCCCUCGCGGGGCCCCAGGCGCGGAGCCACCUCCCCUUCUCGGGGGUCGGGCUUGUUUUUCCUCUCCUGGACGCACUCGGGCUUUGCCUCUUUUCUGGGCAGUGACCCCCACACACACCUCUUGCCUCUCUGGAUUUGAAAAUGGAGGCCGACGACGCCGACAGCCCUCCCCAGAGCGCCUUGGGUUCCCCACUCUGCCGAGUCCUGGGCUGCGGCUGCUGACGCCGAGGGGUCUCCCGCCCCGUCUGCGCUGCCUUCGGACCGUUCUUCCUUCGCUCUUGGCUUUGGAGCGAAGACUGCUUUUGAACCCCCCCCCCUUUUUUUUUUGAGAAAGGGGACUUUCGUUCCAAAUCAAAGGAAUGAAGUCUGGCUCCGGAGGAGGGUCCCGGACCUCGGCGUGGGGGCUCCUGUUUCUCUCCGCCGCGCUCUCGGUCUGGCCGACGAGUGGAGAAAUCUGCGGGCCGGGCAUCGACAUCCGCAAUGACUUCCAGCAGCUGAAGCGCCUGGAGAACUGCACGGUGAUCGAGGGCUUCCUCCACAUCCUGCUCAUCUCCAAGGCCGAGGACUACCGCAACUACCGCUUCCCCAAGCUCACCGUCAUCACCGAGUACCUGCUGCUGUUCCGCGUGGCCGGCCUGGAGAGCCUCGGGGACCUGUUCCCCAACCUCACGGUCAUCCGCGGCUGGAAGCUCUUCUACAACUAUGCCCUGGUCAUUUUCGAGAUGACUAACCUCAAAGACAUAGGGCUCUAUAACCUGAGGAACAUCACCCGGGGGGCCAUCAGGAUCGAGAAGAACGCCGACCUCUGCUACCUCUCCACGGUGGACUGGUCUCUCAUCCUGGACGCCGUGUCCAACAACUACAUUGUGGGGAACAAGUCCCCAAAGGAGUGCGGGGACAUGUGUCCAGGGACCUUGGAGGAGAAGCCGUUGUGCGAGAAGACCGCCAUCAACAACGAGUACAACUACCGCUGCUGGACCACCAACCGCUGCCAGAAAAUGUGCCCCAGCGCGUGCGGGAAGCGGGCAUGCACCGAGAACAACGAAUGCUGCCACCCCGAGUGCCUGGGCAGCUGCCACGCGCCUGACGACGACACGGCCUGCGUCGCCUGCCGCCACUACUAUUUCUCCGGCGUCUGCGUGCCCGCCUGCCCGCCCAACACCUACCGAUUCGAGGGCUGGCGCUGCGUGGACCGCGACUUCUGCGCCAACAUCCCUAACGCCGAUGGCGGCGACUCCGAGGGCUUUGUCAUCCACGACGGCGAGUGCAUGCAGGAGUGCCCGUCGGGCUUCAUCCGCAACGGCAGCCAGAGCAUGUUCUGCAUUCCCUGUGAAGGUCCGUGCCCCAAGGUCUGUGAGGAAGACAAGAAAACAAAGACCAUUGAUUCUGUUAAUUCUGCUCAAAUGCUCCAAGGCUGCACCAUCUUCAAGGGGAAUCUGCUCAUUAACAUCCGACGAGGCAAUAACAUUGCCUCGGAGCUGGAGAACUUCAUGGGGCUCAUCGAGGUGGUGACGGGCUACGUGAAGAUCAGCCACUCGCACGCCUUGGUCUCCUUGUCCUUCCUGAAGAACCUCCGCCAGAUCCUAGGGGAGGAGCAGCUGGAAGGGAACUACUCCUUCUACGUCCUGGACAACCAGAACUUGCAGCAGCUCUGGGACUGGGACCACCGCAACCUGACCAUCAAAGCUGGGAAGAUGUACUUCGCCUUCAACCCCAAACUGUGCGUGUCGGAAAUUUACCGCAUGGAGGACGUGACGGGGACGAAAGGACGCCAGAGCAAGGGCGACAUAAACACCAGGAACAACGGGGAGAGAGCCUCCUGUGAGAGCGACAUCCUGCAUUUCACCUCCACCAACACGUGGAAGAACCGCAUCAUCCUAACCUGGCACCGCUACCGCCCCCCUGACUACAGGGAUCUCAUCAGCUUCACCGUCUACUACAAGGAGGCACCCUUUAAAAAUGUGACGGAGUAUGAUGGGCAGGACGCCUGCGGCUCCAACAGCUGGAACAUGGUGGACGUGGACCUCCCUCCCAACAAGGACCUAGAGCCUGGUAUUCUACUGCAAGGGCUGAAGCCCUGGACUCAGUACGCCGUCUACGUCAAGGCCGUGACCCUCACCAUGGUGGAGAAUGACCACAUCCGAGGGGCCAAGAGUGAAAUCUUGUACAUUCGCACCAACGCCUCAGUUCCUUCCAUCCCCUUGGACAUCCUCUCGGCAUCCAACUCCUCGUCUCAGCUGAUCGUGAAGUGGAGCCCCCCGUCCCUGCCCAACGGGAACCUGAGCUACUACAUCGUGAGGUGGCAGCGGCAGCCCCAGGACGGCUACCUGUACCGGCACAACUACUGCUCCAAAGAAGACAAAAUUCCCAUCAGGAAGUAUGCGGACGGCACCAUCGACGUGGAGGAGGUGACGGAGAACCCCAAGACGGAGGUCUGUGGCGGAGAGAAGGGGCCUUGCUGCGCGUGCCCCAAGACCGAAGCCGAGAAGCAGGCUGAGAAGGAGGAGGCGGAGUACCGCAAGGUGUUCGAGAACUUCCUGCACAACUCCAUCUUCGUGCCCAGACCCGAGAGGAAGCGGAGAGAUGUCGCCCAGGUGGCCAACACCACGCUGUCCGGCCGAGGCAGGAACGGCACGGCGGUGGACAUGUACAACAGCACGGACCUGGAGGAGCUGGAGACAGAAUACCCUUUCUUUGAGACCAGAGUGGACAAGGAGAUAACGGUCAUAUCUAACCUGCGGCCGUUUACUUCCUACCGCAUCGAUAUCCACAGCUGCAACCACGAGGCGGAGAAGCUGGGGUGCAGUGCCUCCAACUUUGUCUUUGCGAGAACCAAGCCUGCAGAAGGAGCGGAUGACAUUCCGGGCCCUGUGACCUGGGAAGCAAGGCCUGAAAACUCCAUCUUUCUGAAGUGGCCGGAACCUGAGAACCCCAACGGAUUGAUCCUAAUGUAUGAGAUAAAAUACGGGUCUCAGAUCGAGGACCAGAGGGAAUGUGUGUCCAGACAGCAGUACCGAAAGUAUGGAGGAGCCAAGCUCAACCGGCUAAACCCGGGGAACUAUACAGCCCGGAUUCAGGCUACGUCGCUCUCCGGGAACGGGUCGUGGACGGAGCCUGUGUUCUUCUAUGUCCCAGCCAAAGCCACCUACGAGAGCUUCAUGCACCUGAUCAUCGCGCUGCCGGUCGCCAUCCUGCUCAUCGUGGGAGGGCUGCUGAUCGUGCUGUACGUCUUCCACAGGAAGAGAAGUAACAGCAGACUGGGGAACGGAGUGCUGUACGCCUCUGUGAACCCGGAGUACUUCAGUGCAGCCGACGUAUACGUCCCUGACGAGUGGGAGGUGGCGCGGGAGAAGAUCACCAUGAGCCGCGAGCUUGGCCAGGGCUCCUUCGGGAUGGUCUACGAAGGCGUCGCCAAGGGCGUGGUAAAGGAUGAGCCGGAAACCAGGGUGGCCAUCAAGACGGUGAACGAGGCCGCCAGCAUGCGGGAGAGGAUCGAGUUUCUCAACGAGGCGUCUGUGAUGAAGGAGUUCAAUUGUCACCACGUGGUGCGGUUGCUGGGGGUGGUGUCCCAGGGCCAGCCCACCCUGGUCAUCAUGGAGCUGAUGACGCGAGGGGACCUCAAGAGCUAUCUCAGGUCCCUGCGACCGGAAGUGGAGGCUGAAUUACAGAGAGAAAGACAGAGACAGAGACAGAACUUCAUCCGCCGGUUCGCUCCUCGGAUGGCCGCAACAGCCAGGGCUGGGCCAGGCCGAAGCCAACAGCCAGGAGCUUCUUCUGGGUCUCCCACGAGGGUGCAGGGGCCCAAGGACCUGGGCCAUCUUCCGCUGCCUUCCCAGAAUCGGGCCCCAGCCCCUCCGAGUCUGAGUAAGAUGAUCCAAAUGGCCGGGGAGAUUGCAGAUGGCAUGGCAUACCUCAACGCCAACAAGUUCGUGCACAGAGACCUUGCUGCCCGGAACUGCAUGGUGGCCGAGGAUUUCACAGUCAAGAUCGGAGAUUUCGGAAUGACGCGGGACAUCUACGAGACGGACUACUACCGGAAAGGGGGGAAAGGCUUGCUGCCCGUGCGCUGGAUGUCCCCCGAGUCCCUCAAAGAUGGAGUCUUCACCACCCACUCUGACGUCUGGUCCUUCGGAGUCGUCCUCUGGGAGAUCGCCACGCUGGCAGAGCAGCCGUACCAGGGAUUCUCCAACGAGCAGGUCCUGCGCUUCGUCAUGGAGGGCGGCCUUCUGGACAAGCCGGACAACUGCCCCGACAUGCUGUUUGAGCUGAUGCGCAUGUGUUGGCAAUACAACCCCAAGAUGCGGCCUUCCUUCCUGGAGAUCAUCGGCAGUGUCAGAGACGAGAUGGAGCCCGGCUUCCGCGAGGUCUCCUUCUACUACAGCGAGGAGAACAAGCCGCCCGAGGCCGAGGAGCUCGACCUGGAGCCCGAGAACAUGGAGAGCGUGCCCCUGGACCCCUCCGCGAACGCCGCUGCCGCCGUCGCCGCCCUGCAGCCCGACAGGCACAAGGCCGAGAACGGCCCGAGUGCAGGGGCGAUGGUCCUGCGAGCCAGCUUUGACGAGAGGCGACCCUACGCGCACAUGAAUGGGGGCCGCACAGACGAGCGGGCCCUGCCGCUGCCGCAGUCUUCGACCUGCUGAUGCCGGCGGGGACGGGAACGUGCGCGCUGGGCUGCAGCAGGGUGGGGGAGAGAAAGUUCUAGCAGCCCCUCCGAUCCGCAGGCCUCCUCCGUACCUCAGUGGAUCUUCAGACCUGCCGUUGCUGCGCCCGGGAGUCGCCUUCUCCGCAGUAAACACGCUUGGGAUGUUCCUUUUUUCUAUAUGCAACCAGCUUUUUUUUUAUUUCCCCCACCCAAACCCUUAACUGACACGGGCCUUUAAGAAACUUAGCGACAACACGUCAUAGCAACAGAACACUCGAGAACCGAGCCUCAUGCUUCCCUCUGUCGCCUCUCUGUCUCCUCUCUCUCUCUCUCUCUCCCCCUCUCCCCCUCUCCCUCCCUCUCCCCCUCUCCCUCCCUCUCCCCCCUCUCUCUCCCCUCUCUCUCGCUCCUUCCUCUCUCUUUCUGCUUCAUGAUGGAAGAGCCUGGCUGGGAAGCCCUUGUGGCUAGAGUGAGGUCAUGGCGGCCCCUGGAGCCCCAGGGUGUCCCGGGUGCACCUGCUGGACACCGCAGGUCAUUGUCAAACACGCUGAGACAGGAGUUGGUAACUGCAUCUCUGACCUUCCUAGGGACAUCCGCGAUCCUAAAAGGGCCGGCAUUUCGACGCUGCCAAAUUUUGCCAAAACCCUACCUGUUCUCCCUGCCGACCCCUGUGCUAGCUCCCCUCACCCCCAUCCAGAGGCACGGGUGAGCGCGGCCCCUGACUGCGCCCGGAAGACGGGCGGCCCCCGUGCCGGUGUCCUGCACGCCCCAGGCCUCGCCCUGCCCUCCCCGCGCAGGGGGUUGAGCGCCACAGCAGGACACACAGUGGAUGGACUCAGGCCUUCUCAGCUCUGUCCACCUUGGCUGUUACUGGGACUUUCUCAUGGGUCUUACAGUUCUAUGUUAGACCGUGAAGCAUUUGCAUACACAUCAUCUUCAAUGUCACUUUUAUAACUUUUUUACGGUUCAGAUAUUCAUCUAUACGUCUGUACAGAAAAAAAAAAAGCUGCUAUUUUUUUCGUUCCUUCUCUUUGUGGAUUUAAUCUAUGAAAUCUUCAGGUCUCUGCUUUCCUCCCUUUCUGCUCACUCCAAGAAACUCCUGCUUUGUGCUAGAGUGCGUGACUCUUCCUCUUCUCCCAGUAACUGAGUCUUAGAGAACAUGUUGCGCCAGGAGCUGUUUGAUGCCUUUCUCUAAAUGGCCCUCCCCGCCCCCAGCCGCCUGUGCGGGCCGAGGCUGGUGAGACGGUGGUGGGACGAAGGCGUGGGCCGGGGUCCCCGCUGGCCGCCGCCCCCUUCCCACCUCGGCGCGGCGCUGGGGUCUGUUAUAGCGGGGACGAUGCACAGACUGAGGUCAACCUCCCGCACGUCCACCGCAGCCGAGAAGCCGCGCCGUCUGUCCCCUCCCGUUUGCUUUGGUUGUGACACACGCGUGUUUAUUUUUUUUUUAAUUCUUGGGUACAACAGCAGUUUCUACUGCAGACACUAGGCAUUUGGAUUGCUGGUUUUUUGUUUUUGUUUUUUUUAAAUGGCUGAUUAAUCCUUCCAUCCCAUGUCAAAUAGCUGCUGAGUCCAAGGGUGCAGCAGAGCAUAGCCCAGCCCCCACCAGACCCACCUACUGUCUCUACAAACAGAGUGCCCCAGGGGACCCCACCCCGCCCCUCAGCCUCUGAACAAGCAGCCCACGGCCAUGACUGGCAGCCACAGCUUCAGGGCAGGGCAGCGUGGACGCUCGCUCGGUGGCCCGGGAGCCCUUGCUGGCUCCCAGGGGACCAGAGCCCGGGUGCUGGCCAGUGCUGCCUCCGCGGCCGUGGGGGUCUUGAUCGGUUUGGUUUUGAGCCCUUCCCACCCAAGUGAUGACAGCGUGAGAGUUGGCUGUGGGGUGGCGAUGCUCAAUUCUGAGUAAGAGCAAAGCGAAGAGAUGCCACUUGGCUGGGACCGGAGCUUGAACACCAGGAAGCCCGGCGGUGCUGUCACUCCUCAGAGUCCCAGUCUCACCUCGGCCUCGGCAGCCUGUGUCCCGCAGGGUUUCGCUUAGAAAAGAGAGGUCCAUUCGGGAGUGUUCCGUGCAGGCGCUUGCUGGCGUUCGUUGUGAUGGCAGCCCCCUUUGCUGGCAGGAAGCCCUGUUCUGGACACUGAGGAAGGGGUGCACGGGACGGGACAGGUCCUGGUGUUUUUGUUUCUUUGCAAGCGUUUAUCUACCUCACUCUUAUUUUUUAUAUGUGUAUAUAGAGAGGAAUACAUCUCACGUUCUCAGCACCCGGCAGCCGGCCACUGCUACCGGUGACCUCACCCCUGCCGCGGCCACACGCCGGGGCAGUGCCGGCAGGGGCCAGGCUGCGUCCAGGGUCAAAGCAGCGCUAACCCAGCUCUCCUCUUCCGCCGCAUCUCCUCUUCUGUUGCUUUCGCUCCUUUUAUUUUUUUUUCCUAACUUGAUUUCCUCAGAGGCGGCGAGGCGUCAGGAUUUCCCUCCUCCCAGUCCAGUGAGGCCAAGAAGGACACCCCCACACCGGGCCGUCCCUGAUGGCCUAGUGCCGAGUGCCCAGGGUGGCCCCUAGUCUCUGCAGCUGUCUCCCGCAUGGGCGCCAGCGUGGGUGGGCUCCCGGCUGCUGCUCCUGCAGGCUCCCCUGCGCCGGGCUGCACCACAGCCUCAUUCACCUCAGAGGGGCAGCCGCGCUGGCCGUGGGAGAGCGGGGCCCCCUCCACAGCGGUGCCGGCCCCCGUGGGCCAGUGUGACAGAGAAAGUGCGGCGGCGGGAGCCCAGUCCCGUCCCCACACUGCUCUCUCCACUUCCCCCUCUUCCCCCUCCUCACCCCCGGGGUCAACAAAGACCCACCAGGCCUGGAGGCUGGAAAGGCCAGUGGCCAGCGCCCAGCCCACCUCGUCCUGCUGCUCACGGUUGGACGGUGCGCCCGCUUCCAGCAGCUGCUGCUACAGGCGCUGGUGGCCUUUGCUGGGACACCUGGCAGGGGCUCCUCCCCGAGGGUGGGCAGCUCCCUCUGCGGCCCCAGCACUGCAGUGAGCCUGGCCCCUCCUCUCUCCGGCCGUCAGGGAGUGUCCUCGGAUCAGGGUUUUCUUGGGCCACGCCGUAGGUGACCCUUGCAACAGUGGCCUCUCCUCCCUCCCGCACAGACCCACCGGUGUCCACAACUGGAUCUCUGCAGCUCAUUCCACUGGUGAUAAGGGUUUUGUUUCAACUGUCCGAGUUGUCGCUGUUCUCUCGUUUUCGUCUCAUGUAGGUGGCUUUCCUUUUAAGUAGAAAGAAAACACUAACAGUGUCGCACCCGUCGUAGCGAGCGCUGCAGAAACACUUCCGUGAGAGAGAAUUUCGCUCGUGUGACGGCACAGUCAUGUUCCUGGACCAACCCGCCCGCCUCGACUAUGCCCAGGCACCAUGUAUCCGCUGGGCUGGUUUCCCCGCCUCUCCUUGCUGUUUCUCCUUUGUGCGCUCCAGAGUUUCUGACCACGCUGAGUUGUGGCAUCCUCCACACAACCUCCUCCUGACAGCAGCUCCCCCUGCUGGAAGCACUGGGAACCUCUGAGGCAGCUGGUGGACGAGGCGGGAGAGGUGAGGCGCUUCUCCGAGGCGGUGGGAGCUGUGUGCUCGAAUGUGGAACUCUGUGCAAGGCCCAGGCUGCCCCAGACCGCCUUUCCAGGAAGUCCCGGUGCCCGCCAUGCGGCGGGAGCCCGUGUGCUCAGAUGUGCGUGCCCUGGCCGCCCUAGACCGCCUUUCCAGGAAGUCCCGGUGCCCGCCAUGCGGCAGGAGCCCGUGUGCUCAGAUGUGCGUGCCCUGGCCGCCCCAGACCGCCUUUCCAGGAAGUCCCGGUGCCCGCCAUGCGGCAGGAGCCCGUGUGCUCAGAUGUGCGUGCCCUGGCCGCCCCAGACCGCCUUUCCAGGAAGUCCCGGUGCCCGCCAUGCGGCAGGAGCCCGUGUGCUCAGAUGUGCGUGCCCUGGCCGCCCCAGACCGCCUUUCCAGGAUGUCCAGGUGCCCGCCGUGCAGCGGGAGCCCGUGUGCUCAGAUGUGCGUGCCCUGGCCGCCCCAGACCGCCUUUCCAGGAUGUCCAGGUGCCCGCCAUGCGGCCGGAGCCCGUGUGCUCAGAUGUGGAACUUGAACUGUGCGUGCCCAGACUGCCCCAGACCACUGAGACGUCCCAGUGCCCGCCACGCGGCGGGAGCCCGUGUGUUCAGAUGUGUGGGGCCCAGGCUGCCCCAGACCGCCUUGCUGGGACGUCCCAGUGCCCACCGUGCUGCAGGAGCCCGUGUGCUCAGAUGUGUGCGGCCUGGGAUGCCCCAGGCCGCCCCAGACCACCUUGCCGGGAUGCCCUGGUGCCCGUCAUGCGGUAGGAGCCCGUGUGCUCAGAUGUGUGGGGCCCAGGUGCCCCAAGCCGCCCAGACCGUCUUGCCGGGAUGCUCUGGUGCCCGCCGUGUGGUGGGAGCCCAUGUGCUCAGAUGCGCGGGGCCCAGACAGCCAGGAAGUCCUGAUGCCCGGCGGGACUCAGAUUCCUUCGUGGAAGAGGGAAGAGGAAAGACCACGUGCACAGCCCACACGGCCUCUCCUGUGACUGGGAACAGUGGUGGGAACAGUGGCUACCACAAAACUGCCAAGCGGCAGAAUGCGUGAUGUGCCAGGCCGGGUUCUGGUUGAGGUCUCAGAGUGACAAACCAUGCAAGAUGCGGAAUUCUAGGCCAGUUUGUUCCACUGACGCCUCUUUGGGAGCAGCCCUGCCUUGUGGCAAGUUCACCCAGAGCUCGGAGCUCAGAUGGGUCCAAGAUCCUCCCAGGGUGGGCAGACAGCAUGGAAGGCAACCCCUCCCCAAACCCGGCACCCUGCAGUAGACAGUGGCACUCCAUGGGGUGCCUCCGCCUGUUCCAGCAGUCCCAGUUCUUCUCUUGCCACCACCUUGUGUUUGUCGGCUGCCUUUUCAUUUGCUGGGCUAAGCGGCACUGGGAGACACAGACCAGAGAUCCACUCCCCAAGAACCAGUGAUCAGAGCCUCAUUUUCUCGCCAGAUGGCAGCACCAGCAAGAACACCAAGAGAGGACGCUGCGUAGUUGAACCUCUGUUUCCAGGGAUGCUGAGGGAACAGACCGUGGACAGGCCAGGACCGAGGACUGACUUUGGGCCUGACUAUUCGGUCAUUUACAGAAACAAGCUCCCCUUGAUGCUGGCAUGAUUCGUGACUGGGCAGUGGGAAAUGCCCGAGAGGCGAUCACCAUGUGAAGGGCGGGGUUUGGAGCAGAGGCGCACAGGAUGGGAAGAAGUCGGGGUGCUGUCCGGAUGUAAGGCUGGCAGACCACAAGGAGGCGUCACCGCCAUCCCAGGGGUACUUGGUUUCAACAAAUAAGCUGUGCCCCGAAACCCAACAUCGUUCACGACCUUGCGUUCCAUCACACCUGUCAGUUGGGGUGUCAGUUCUGGGGCGUGACCUUAGAGUUUUGUUUUACUUGGUUUCGGCAAGAACGUGAUGGUCACUCACCUGUAUGUCCAAUGUGUGCGUCCCCAUCUUUCUGGCAAACAUCGUCUCAGUUAGUCACUCGUUAGCGUUCUCCAUAGGGCUCUCAAGUCCAGUAGAUUACGGGUAGUCAGUUGACGAAGAUCCGGUUUACAAGAACUAAUUCAAUGUUUCAUUGCAUUUUUGUAAGAACAUAGAAUAAUUUUAUAAAGCGUUCGUAGUUUAUAAUUGCCGAAAGUAAUUUAAAGACACCUUUUUUUCCUGCGUGUGUGCAAAAAUAUGUGUUCGUGAUCCAUUUUUUUUUAGGACACCUGUUGGCUAGCUAGCUUUAUAAUACGCCAAAAAGAUUCUGUCCCUGACCUGAGCUGCGGCUCCGGCCCCCUCCCCCACGUGCUCUGUGCCCUAGUUGAUAACAAAGGAAGGAUGGUGAUUUGAAAAGUAGUUCCAUAUCUUCAGGAUCUUAGUGGUCUUUUCCUGGCCAUUCCCCUUUGGAGUGUUGCGGCUUUCACUGAUGGAAAGAGCCUCAUUGGCCAUGGGACAGUAGAGGUGUCGCCGCCCAGCCGUGCACAGCACCGUGCAGCCUGUGGUGUGGUCGCUCUGACCAGCUGCACGGCCGGUGGCUUUCACAAUGAUCUCACGCACACGCACAGGUCGCGGGAAGGACGGUCACCCUGGGCACACGUGCCUCAGACCGUGAUGAACGCUUUGUUGUCACAAGGAAGAGCGCUGUUGAUUUUUACUUAAGGCAGAACACCGAAGGUAACACCAAUACAGAAUCAGUUCCUUUCGAUCCAGACUACGACACACUACAGAAACGUUCGACUCCAUUGCCUCUGGUUCCCGGUGGAUUAUUAGCCGUGUCCUCACAACUCCACAGUAUUCCCCGUGGUCGGAAAUACCUGGAUUUUUUUGCACUACCCAGGAGAUAGGUCCAGAGACCAUUUUUUUUUUGUUUGUUUGUUUUGUUUUUAUCUUUCCGUGUGGCUGUUUGGCAUUGCACAGAAAUGUCCCCAGGUGGAACAGGUGCCCGGUACGAUCACCUGUCUGCUGUCAUAAGCCAGUGAGCUGGAGGGGAGAGGUUUGCCAGAGUUGUCUACCUCUGGGCUAAAAAAAAAUCAAACCAGAAGGCACGAUGGAAUGGAUGCAUCACAAAUAAUGCAUUUUCUGAGUUUUCUUGUUUAAAAAAGUUUUUUUUAAAAAAAGUUUAAAAAAAAUUUAAAAAGAGGUAACAACAUGGCCAAUUUGUUACAAGACUUUCUGUGUAUGAAUUACUCCUUUAAAAAUUCUCUUUAUAUAAAAAAAAUCAGUAGAUGAAAAAAAAAUUUCCAACCUGUUUUUGUAUACUCCAUUGUUAAGAAUUUAUUCCUGUUACUGCCAUAUACUCUGGAUUCUUUACGGAAAAAAAAAAAAAAAACUCAAAAAAAACUUUUGUCUAUUUUGAAUGGCUAAAGCUAAGGCAACUUUAGUUUCUCUUACUCUGCUUUUUUCUAGUAGUUAAAAUACUACAUUGUUUAAGUUAAAUAAAAAUUCUGUAUGCA